GCCUGACCAAUGCUCGAGUGGGGACGGAUAAUGGAUCCAUUCCUAUCCACGGCGCAGAGGAUAAUGAAUCAUGAUAUCCUGCAUCUGCCUCGUCUUGUUCAAAAGACAUAUAUCCCUUGAUCAACAGGCAAGAUUGAAGACAGAUUGACGACAGAUUGAAGACAGUUUCAAGACAGAAGGGGAUUAAACUCUGGAGGCGGAAAGACGGUCGAAUCCCAGCCAUCGUCACUGCCACAAACCGUCAUCCUGCCUCCCAACCCUUGCGUGAUCCCACGUUACCGAUGUCGAUGAGACAUUCAUGUACCUUUCCGACACUAUUAAUAACGAGCAUGACUCUUCUGGGUGGUCUUCCAAUGCAACUGUUACUGCAGAAAGUACGGAUGGCAGGACACAAACUGUCGGUAGUUGUCAACCCUCGCAACUACACAUCCAACCAGAUCUCGAGUCCUCAGUAUAGUACGGAAUGCUCCGUAAGUACCGAUCCGAUUCCCUUGGACUCUCCUUUCACGAUGGGAUUGAUAUCACUCAGAUUUGAUACUCCGGGUGGCACCAGACCCUGGCGUUGUCUGAGCCGUCGCCUUCGCUUAAUGCAUCUAGUCCCCUGCCUGGGGCACCGCCUCUAAUUUGGGUCGGAGAAUUUUAUAUUAACGUUGAGAUUAAUGUCAUUACGACUGACUCGAAGGGAGGAUUCAUUUUUUUUUGUGAUUGAUGUGAUUCCAUUCGACGGGAUCAGGGGCGCAGUGAGACAUCCACGCGGUACUUAUUUUGGCUUUUUUCCCCUUAC